UGCGGCUCCCCUCCCUCUUCCCGCGGGGAUGUUUCACUAGUUUGUUUUAAUUCCCGGGACCCAAGAUGGAGGCUGCGCUGGGGCCUGGCGGGCUCCUGCUGCUCCUCCUCGUCCUGGGGCGGCUCGGCCCCGCCGCCCCGCAGCCCACCGCCCCCCCACAGUUCCUCAGCCAGGAGAACAUCAGAGUUAAUGUUACUAUGUUGAAAACUAGUGAAGAAUCUCAAGAAGCACAGGUUGUCUUUAAUAUCACCUACAAUAGUGGACAGAUAUAUGUAAAUGACUUUCCUAUGAAGAGAGGUGUUACCCGAAUUAAGUGUCAAACUUUAAUAUUGGAAACUGGAAACUCUGAUAACCUAUUGGAUCAAAGGCAUUGGGGAAUUGUCAGUGUUCGCAUCAUGUUUCGUGAGUGGCCCUUGGCAUCCAGAUCAAAUUUGCAGUUGAUUGUCAUUCAGGAAGAGGUGACCGAAAUCGAUGGAAGAGAGGUUCAGCAAGAGGAGGUUACUGAAAUAAACAUAUUAAUUAAGGGCCUGAGAGUACUUAGACAUUCAAACCAUACUGUUCCUCUGAAGGAAAGCAUGCUGUAUUCCAUCCCCAGGGACAAUGACAUGUUAUUUACACUUCCCAAUCUCUCAGGAAAAGCAGAUGUUCAAGGCCCACUGCAACCAACCAGUCACUACCUCCUCAGGCAAGUAGAAACUACAGUAGAUGAAGAGACAUUACCUGGCAAGUUACCGGAGACUCCUCUCAGGACAGAGCCUCCAUCAUCUUAUAAGGUCAUGUGCCAGUGGGUGGAAUACUUGAGAAAAGAGCUGUGCGGGUUCUGGCUUAAAUCUUUUCCUGUGUUCUUUAAGCUGAUGGAAGUCAUUGGGACUGGAGUUGUAGGAGCAGCUCUAGUUUUAGGAAUCUUAAAAGUGCUUUUCCCUUCCUGCGAACACAAAGGAGUCCUUCACCUGGAGGAUAUCAGCACUGCACCUGUGGUUGUGAUAAAGGUCUCUUCAGAUAUUCCAGAGAAGACAGACAAUUUAGUGGAGAAAUGAUGUACUCAAUAUCAUGUUUGCGUCUGAAUCUUUGUACAAAUCUUCAGUGGACCUGAAAUUUGGCACUUGAACUUUAAUACCUUAUUUGUUUCCUAUUCUGAAAAUAGUAUGUCAACUGAUUUGUGUUUAAAGGGACAUUUCAAGGUUGAGGCCCAAAAUGAUCUCCCCUCUUUCCAUAGCCUCUUGCUCCUAAGGAACAACAGCUUCCCAUUAUGAGGGUUGUGACAGGUUUUAACUUCUUUAAAAUACUCUCCCAGCAGCUAGGAUAGGAAAUUGGCCUUUGUAUUCAUAGAUAAGGUAGUUAGGUAAUGAAAUACAGAAUGUGAUAAUCUUCAAUCAUCUCAAGCAUGGGCUAAAGGAACAGAAGGAAGAGAUUACACAUGUGCCUGCAAGCCAAAACAAAGCUGGUCAACCUGGUUUUAGACCUAUUACGCUUGACUGUGCCUUGUAAAAACAACAAAUGUUCUUAUUAUUAAAAUAAGGCGUUACUAUAUAUGUAAAACAAGGUAUUAAGGCAAUUUUUGAUAUUUCAAGCACUUUAUUCGAUACAAUUUUCAGUAGGGAAGGGGCUUAAUAUGAAAUUGUGUAAGCCACUUAUAGAUGACUUGUUUACUAUGCUUUUUGUAUAUCUUGUGGUAUUGUGUAAAGUUUUUCAGAAACAAGAAUACAAAUGUCUUACAAGACAUCAGUUUACUAUCUUGAGUAGAGGAGGCAUAGUUUUCCCACAAAUGUUCAUAUAAAUUAACAUUUAACUUGUUUACUCUGCAUAUAAAAAUAUACUGAAAGGAAAUCAAACUGUAGAGAAGUGGCUUGCAAGAAUACAUUAACCGAAGAAAAAAACAGGCUGGAUUUUUAGCUUUCCAUUUGUAUUCCCUAACUAGUAGGAAUAUUACAAGAAAGAUAACCUCCCUAGAGAGUCAUGUGUGGUCUUGCUUUAAAACUGAGGGCAGUGGGCCUUAGAAUAGUUGAUCUUUGGCCCUACUUUAAAGUUUAAAUUUUUUAAAGUAAAAUUCCUGUAUAUGAUAAAUUGGCACACGCCUAAACAGGGGAAGUAGUUAUCCCACUUUAGGAGAAGGCCACUCUUAAGAAUUUUAAAGCAGGACUUCUCUAAAAGUCUAGGACAUAUACUCACUUGUACAUCUCCUGAAUAGUAAGCUUCUUUUAGAACACAGAUUCCUUCCUUGACCAAGUUAUCUGCCAGUAAUCAGUUUACAAUUCAUUUAUUUUUAAUAGAAAGUGUGCCAGAUCUGGUUAAUGUCUUAGUCUCCACUUUCUGAAGACAAUUGCAACACUUGUAGACUGCAACCCUGACGCAGCAGCAGUGCUGGCAAAAUAGUCUGGUAUUAAUCAGAGUUGUACAGCAUAUCUAAGGAAAUGCUUUUCCCAAUGCAUCUCAAGUUUAAUUUAUUAACGGUUACAAGUUUCAGAGUUUUUGCACCUUAGUCUUGUCACAAUUUCUUUUAACAGAUGCAGGAACAUUUAGAUGGCAAAAUUUGCUAAAGAUGAAUGGGCACCACUGUUUAGUGAAUCUUCUUCUUCUUGUGUUGAGAUUCACAGUAUCAGGAACUAACAAGCACAAAGAUGACCAGCUUCUGGGCUAGUGAAAGAGUUCAUAGGAGAUCCCCCUGGUGAACAAAUCCCAAUAUUCAAUUAAAACAAAACGAAAACCAAAGAACAUUUGAUUGAUGACAUUCAUAUCUUUGAAAGGAACGUAGAUAAAGGGAGACUUGUUCUGAGUAUAUUCAAAUAAGAGGCAGAAGUGACAUGCAAUUUAAAAAAUUACUUUAUUCAGAAUCAUGUUGCUCUUAAGUUUAAGAAAGUUAAAAAAAUAGCACUUAGUGCACAUGAACGCUACCUUUCAUUACUUCUGAAGCUGUUUUAAGACAGGUUUCCUGGGGAAGUUUGGUUAGGAAGACUUAGCAUGAUCCAAAUUCAACAAUCCAUUUUUCAUAUUUCUCAAUGUCCGCAGCAGAUACCGAUUUAGAAACCUUUUUUAAAGCCAUUUCAAAAUCCUCCAUAGUUGUAGGCAUGUGCAUUUCAUCCCUGGAAAGAUUUCUGAUUUCUUCUGGUGUCAAGCCCUCAAUUCGCCUUCUCAUAGCCAUCAGUGAUGCAUCCCUAUACGAUGAGAGGAAACAACUCAUUAAUAUGGACAUUUAAUUAAUUUAAAGACUAACUUUGCAGCCUUUUAAGCAAGUCACCACAUUCCAAUUGGGAAAACUAAAAAUUAACUUUCAGUCUAACUUCUGAUCCAUCUUACUAUUAAUAUGGCCCUGAUUACUGUGGUAUCUAAGCACUUCACAAUUUUUAAUGUAUUUAUCCUCAUCAUACUCCUGUUAGGUAGGGCAGUCUCUUAUUUCAGUUUUACAGAUGGGGAACAGAUGAUUGCCCAAGGUCACACAGGAAGUAUGUAGUGGAGAAGGGAACUGAACCCACUUCUCCCAACUCCCAGACAAGUGGCUUACUUAAUGGACCAUCCUCCUCUUGUGCAUCAGACUCUUUGAAACUGCACCAUUAGAACCAGACAGCUUCAGUAACACCUAGAUGCAGUACUACUGAAAGUACAUUUACCGUGUACCUGUUACAUUAUGCAGUAGUCAAAUUCUAGCUUGGAAUGUUGCUUUCAGCUAGCGAAAACCCCUGUGGUUGGCUGAAGAUAACUAAGGUCUGUUCUACACUAGACAAUUAGGGAUAUCAAAAAUCCACACCCUUGAAUUCUUCCAUCAAUUUAACUACCGCCUCUCAGGACAGAGGAUUGCUUACACCAACCUCUUAUCAGCACAGUGUCUACUCUACACUGAAGUGCUAAAGCUGUGCUGAUGCAGUGUUUUAAAUGUAGACAGACAUUGAACAAGUUCAGGGUUAUGGAAUAAUAGGGGGCUAAUGCUAAAAGAAUUAUUUCAAGAUCCAUCUAGCUCGAAGAGGACUUUAACCUGGAAUUCUAUUUCUGAUUUGCACCACCACCAGCUAGUCAGUUUAGUGAACCAGUUUUAAAUCAAUUGGGGCAUAGAUAUGACAGAUGGGACAGAAAAGAGAACCAGAAUACAUAAUGUGCAUCUGUUUGUUCCUUUUGCUGCUGAAAGCAAGCCUUUUUCUUCUCCUGUUAUAUCUUGCAGUAAGGUCAGAACUAUGCAGAGAUACCAGUCUGCCAUAGAAAUUGUCAUCAAGUUCAACAAUAUCACUUCACUUAAACUGGACUGACUAUGGGAAUAUGUCCUUAAUUGCUCAUUAUCACAGCUAGCUGCAGUUUGGGUAAGAAAUGUGAAAGAUAUAUGGAGUUCCCAUUUAUGAUGUAGUUUGGCUGUGUUAAACUGUUCUGACCAUUCCUAGAAUCCCCGUGGUUUGGAGCAGGAGUUUAAGAUCAAGCAGAGGGAUAGCCUUGAGUUCACAGAAGUUACUUUUAUCUUUGUCAGGAAAGUCUGCUGUUUUGACCAAGGAACAAAGGCUGGAAAAUUCACCAUUUGCAGAUGCAUAACUAAACUUCGUAGAGUUUUGUUCCUUAACUCUCUUGAUAAUUCCAAUUACUCUGCACAACUUCCUCUUGCGUCAUUCUAAAGCAGUCAGACAGAACUAAAAUUCCAGACGGGACAUGAAAUGGAUCCCUCUCCUUGAAUGUUCUUGUAUCCUUAGGAUAAAUUCAGUGGGCCAGGAAUCAGAAGACUACACAUUCAAACCUCACUUGGUUAAUAUUUCUGUGCACUUCACAGCCCUACUGAGCAGGGCUUAAACCCCUAUUCUCAGGAGUACAAGUAUCCACCACCACUACAGAUAGACGUACAGUGGUAGGGAUCUGUGUUAGUCCCACACUAUUUUUCUUUUUGACUGUGCUCUUGUACAGAGAAUUGGACUCUCUAAUUAGAACUGUUUCACUAUAUCCCAAUCUGUCACACAUGAAUGGAACAUAUACAUUUUAAGGGAAGGGUUUUGAAAAAGCAGUUUACUAUAGAAGGUCUGUAGUAUCUCCAGCCUGCAAAUUACUUACAAAGAGACCAAUCUGAGCUAAGGAUUGAAUGAUUACCUAAACAAACCCCAAAACUUAUUCAUCCAUAUGUACCUUAAACUGCUGGCCGCAAUAAGUGUUUUUAAAUUGUCCCUAUAAAUACCUCUUUUACUGCUGUAUUAAAUGAUUAACUUGUUCGUAUUUCCUGUGUUAGGUAAGCAAAUAAAGUAACAGGUAGCGAACAUCUACAUACACAUACUUAGUGGAGGGGUUGGACAAAUGACUGAAAAGUCUGCAGUUCAGUCUUCACUGUGUGAAGUAAUUUAUUGAAAUCAAGUUCUGAAACCAUAAAUUUUCAACCAAAAAGAGAAGUUGAUGCAGCAUCCGAAGAAGUGGGCAGUAGCCCACGAAAGCUUAUGCUCUAAUAAAUUUGUUAGUCUCUAAGGUGCCACAAGUCCUCCUGUUCUUUUUGCGGAUACAGACUAACACGGCUGCUACUCUGAAACUAAAACUAGUAUUUCAUUUUAUUAGAGCUACUGUUUCAUCUUUUUUCACUAGCAAAUAUAAAGGAUAGACCAGGCCACAGGGGAGGUGCUGAUAAAAAUCAUGAUUUUGUCCACACUGAGGAUGGAAAGAAGCCCAACAGACCAAUAGCAGCAAUUAAAGCCAUUGUCGGGAGGGGGCACAAGUGAAUGAUGUAACAAAGUUUUAUUUCAAAGCUCCCAAGGACUUGAACUAAGCUACCUAAUUUUUUCUUCUAUAUUCCCCCUCAGGUGAAGAGUACAUAUUACUCAGCACCAUAGAAAUGUUAAUAGGGUAGGCCUUGGGUGUCAAAAGAGACAGCUAGAUACACUGCUGACUAUUUAUAAAAACUUACUCUUUAUACUGUAGUACUAAUAAUGCUUUAACUGGCUGCGAAUGAGACAAAAAAAGUCCUAAAAAACAGAGCUUCUCAUUCCCUCUAUCUUUCCAAGUUCAGUUGCUGCAACAAUAGCCAGCACUUGCCAGGCCUCAGGGGCAGGGAGUUCUCUUUUAGGGAACUACUGGGAGCUUUAACUAUAUGACACUUUAGCAAGGGUCUGGCACUUGCUUUCCACUGCAGAAGCUUCUUUAACUUACUCUCUCCAAUGAACAUUAAAACAAAGUCUGGAGAUUUGUCUAUGUUGUGCAGGGAAAAGGAAGGCAACAGAGACCCAAAAUUCAAGACCAAUAAAGCAAAUUUAGGCAGUGAUGAGCUGCCAAAAUAUUAACAACCGGUUCCCUCCUCCUCACCCCAUGAGGGGGUCAUGCCACCCACCAGGAUUCCUGCCCCAUCCAACCCCCCAUGUUCCUUUACACCCGCACCCCCAGGACCCCUACCCUAUCCACCCCCCCUUCCCUGUCCCCUAACUGCCCCCUGCCACCCCAUCCAACCCUUCCUCUCAUUCCUGAUGGCCCCCCUGCCCCAUCCAACUACCCCUUCUCUUUGUCCCGAUUGCCCCUGGAACCCCUGCCCCUGACUGCACCCCGGCGCCCCAUCCAACACCCCUGCUCCUUCCUGACUGCCCCCCCAAGACCCUGGCCCCCAUUCAAUUCCCCUGUUCCCUGCCCUCUGACCGCCACCAACCGGUUCUAAAAGGACAACCGGUUCUAAAAGGGCUUCUAAAUUUAACAACCGGUUCCCGCGAACCGGUGGGAACUGGCUCCAAUUCACCACUGAAUUUAGGAUGAUCAGACCCCAGACUGAUUCACAGGCCCAGAAAAAUCUAGAAGUCUCAAAAUCCUAGAGGAGAGAGAUCUUGAGAUUGAUACCAUAGGAAAUAAAAUCCCUGCUCUGCUGGGUCUGCAUAGCAGGAUGAUCAGAAAUCAGUAGCAUCUUCUGGUGUGUGUAAAACACUAAACUUACUAAAAAAGGUAAAUCUUGCUCUUAUGGAAUCCUACAUCUCAAAAAUUAAUGCAUUUAAUUAAGGAAACAUUUAAUGUGAUUGAAGAUUUUAUUUAAGGGACCCUUACACAUCUACCAUAUUUCUGAAGAAGCUUCAGGGAACAAAGUAAGGAUUUCUCUGGUUUGGAAUAGGUCCUUCGCAUAGAAGCAUUUAACAAUUGAUAAAUGUUGAAAUGAACCACCUGGUGAAGAUGGAACUGACUGAUGUGCUUUCAUUUCUCAUUUCAAUUUGCAAUUCUCCUCGGAACUGCACCAUGAAGUUGUCCAUUUUCUGGCAAACAACUUGUCUCCCUUAAUAUUCGUUUAAAACACUCUUUCUCCUGCAUCCUCCUCCUCUCCCCAUCAAAAAAUUGUUCACUCCCUUCCAUUCUCUCCUGUUUCUUUUCUUAUGUAACUGGAUGUUCCAGUUUUCCCAAUAUGACAAUAAAACCGAUAUUUCAAUC